AUGGCAAGGGCUGUGCAGAAGGAAGAAAAGGCUCAUGAAAUUCUCCCCCCACAUCAACCCUGCCAAACUGUAGGGCCUGUGUUGCAGAACCAUUGGGCUUUCCAGAUCACUCUUUUCCUCCCCUCGAACUUUACCAAAGCUUCCAAAGAUCCAAGUGCAAACCCCUUGCUGAACCUUCAUGGGCCCAGCCCCAGGCCACACCACUUUACCCUUGCCGAAGCUGGAGACACGACCUAG